AUGAAGCUACGAAUUCCAAUCGCUACUCUUCUUCUUCUUUCUCUAUUCUUGCCGUCAACUCAGUUCUUCGCCGUGGAGUCUAAAUGCUUAGGAAGCUGCGAUUCAGCUCUGGCUUCUUACUACAUAUGGAACGGAUCAAACCUCUCCGUCAUCAACCAGUACCUCGAUUCUCCAUCCGCACCGUACGAUUCGAUCAAUUUCGACCCGAUCCUAAGUUACAACAGAGACAUAACGAACAAAGACUUGAUCCAGAUGGGCUCUAGGGUUCUCGUGCCUUUCCCUUGCGAAUGCCAACCUGGAGAUUUCCGAGCUCACACGUUCCGAUACCGUGUCCAGCAAGGAGACACUUACGAGACCGUGGCCACUAGGAACUACGCGAAUCUCACGACGGUCGAGUCCUUGCAGAGGACGAAUACUUAUCCGGCGGAGAGCAUUCCGCUCUCCGCCACGCUCAACGUCUCCGUGAACUGCUCUUGUGGAGACGAGAGCGUCUCGAAGGAGUACGGUUUGUUUGUCACUUACCCGCUUCGUCGUGAGGAUAGUCUCAAUUCGAUUGCGAGGUCGUCCGGUGUACCGGCGGAGACUCUCCGGAGGUAUAACCCUCAAGUCGAUUUCAGCUCAGGGAAUGGGAUUGUUUAUGUUCCCGGGAGAGAUCCAAGCGGUGCAUUUCCACCAUUCAUCUCAAGUAACCAAGGUGGUAUUGGAGCUGGAGUGAUUGCUGGUAUAUGUGUAGGAGUGUUGUUGGCUCUGUUGUUAGUAUCUUUGAUCGUAUAUUAUGUUUACCGGAAGAAGAAGUUGAAGAAUGGUUUGGUUUCAUCUUCUCUCCCAUUGUCUUCUAAGGCUGAUCAAGGUUCUGCUUCUAGCCUCCAGAGUGGUGAUUUGGUUGGUGCUGGAGUCUCUCCACGCAUUGCGGCUAUAAGCGUGGACAAGUCUGUUGAGUUUACGUUGGAGGAGCUUGCAAAGGCUACUGAUAAUUUCAAUCUGUCGUUUAAGAUUGGGCAAGGUGGUUUUGGUGCUGUUUACUAUGCAGAGCUGAGAGGAGAAAAAGCUGCAAUCAAGAAGAUGGACAUGGAGGCAUCGAAACAGUUCUUGGCAGAGCUAAAAGUCUUAACACGUGUACAUCAUGUCAAUCUGGUACGUUUGAUUGGUUAUUGUGUUGAGGGAUCUCUGUUCUUGAUUUAUGAGUAUGUUGAAAAUGGCAACCUUGGACAACAUUUACAUGGAACAGCACGAGAUUCGCUACCAUGGAGUAAGAGAGUGCAGAUUGCGCUAGAUUCAGCUAGAGGUUUAGAGUAUAUCCACGAGCAUACGGUUCCUGUUUAUGUUCACAGGGACAUUAAAUCUGCCAAUAUAUUGAUAGACGAGAGCUUCCGAGCAAAGGUCGCUGAUUUUGGUUUAACAAAACUAACAGAAGUUGGAAGCUCAGCGACACGUGGUGCAAUGGGUACAUUUGGAUACAUGGCCCCAGAGAUUGUUUAUGGAGAAGUGUCUGCGAAAGUGGAUGUGUAUGCCUUUGGUGUUGUUCUGUACGAGUUGAUUUCCGCGAAAAGCGCGGUUGUCAAACUAAACGAGUCCAGUGGUGAAUUCAGAGGCCUUGUUGGUGUGUUCGAAGAAGCAUUCAAGGAGAUUGACAAAGAAGAAGCACUACGCAAGAUUAUAGACCCGAGGCUCGGAGAUAACUACCCGUUUGAUUCGGUUUACAAGAUGGCGGAGUUAGGGAAAGCUUGUACGCAAGAGAAUCCGCUGCUACGUCCUAGUAUGCGAUACAUUGUGGUCGCAUUAUCCACUCUUUUCUCGUCGACGGGCAAUUGGGACUUCGGAAACUUCCAAAACGAUGAUCUUGUUAGCCUAAUGUCCGGCCGGUAG